UGAAAUAACAUUAACAAACAUUAUUUGUUGAUAUAAUAAUAAUACAGUGUAAAAAUGUUUAAAAGUUUUUGUGCAAUUUUUUACUUAAUUAUCAAUACUUAUGGAAGUGAUAUGGAGCCUAAAUGUUAUUCAAGAUUUGAUUAUGACGAAAAAAUGCUCCUGAAACUACUUAGAAUUGAAGAUCAAAUAAAAAAGUUUGAGGAUCAUUUAAAAGAAAUGAAAGAAACACUGAACGCAGAGAAAUCUAACCGCAUGGAAUCAUUUGCAAAUGAGAUGGGCGAAUUCAGAGAGAGAAAUCUAGAAGAAGUCCAAAGGCAACAGAACUUGACUGAAAAGUUUAAUGAAUCACUAAACAGGACAGAGACGACACUGAACGAGUCCUUACAACACCAAGAAAGCCUGAUCAAAGAGGUUAUAGACAAUGUUAAUAAAACAAUGGAAACAUACGAGAAAUUUAUAAAAGAAAUGCUGAACGCAGAGAAAACUAAGCGCACGGAAGCAUUUGCAACUGAGAUGGAAGAAUUCAGGGAGAGAAAUCUAGAAGAAAUCCAGCGGCAACGUAAAUUGACUAAAAGGAUCCGUGCAUCACAAAAAAGGGCCAACACGACAAUGAGCGAGUCCCUCAAACAUCAACAAAAUAUGGUCAAAGAAGUUAUAGACAAAGUCAAUGAAAGAUUGGAUACUUACAAGAAAUUUACAAAAGAUGAAGAUGUUGUCUUCACAGUUACCGGCCCUGAUGAUGGACGUACUGCUGGUUCACUAACUUUCAAAAAUGUAAUUACGAAUGAAGGAGACGGCUACGACAUAUCUACGGGAAUCUUCACGUGUCCUACCCGAGGACUCUACUACUUUAGCCUGCAUCUUAUGAAGCGUUACGGUAGUUAUCAAGACCAAGUAGGAUGUUACAUAAAAAUGAAUGGAACAGAAACCGUGAGGGCACAUUUCAACCCAGAGGAUUAUGACGGUGGAGAUGGAUACGGAAGCUAUGACGUAUCUACUUCUGUCUAUGUAAGGCUUGAAGUGGGUAGCCUAGUCAUGGUGGCAGGUUGCUAUGGCUAUAGAGGGGCAUCCAGUUCCAUCGAACCGUGGUCGUCGUUUAGUGGACAUUUGAUCAGGUCAUAUUUUUAAAGCAAAACAAGGUGGAAUAAUGACUAUAGCUUAAAAAAGAAUUCUAACAUGGCUCAAUUUGACUUCCCGUUAAACAAAGAAGGAAAUCAAACUCUGUAUAUUCUGCGAUAAACAACGGUUGACGCGCGGACCGGUAAGAGAGCUUAAUGGCGUCUAUUAUGACGUCAAAUUGCCGCAUGACGUCCGAUACAUUACUCCUCGGGUAAAUGAAGUCCAGCAUAAUAUUUGUUGAAAUAUGUCAAUGAGCAUGCCAGAAUGAAAACAAUAAAGGUCU